CUCGGCGCAGGUGAGACGCCCGCUGUGUCCCAGCACCCUGAUGGCAAACUUCAAGGGCCACGCUCUCCCAGGGAGUUUCUUCUUGAUUGUGGGGCUAUGGUGGUCAGUGAAGUACCCACUGAAGUACUUUCACCAAAAAGGGAAAAGCAGCCAACUGACUCGUCAUUAUCAGCGUCUCGAGAUCACUGAAGCUGCGAUCAGAACUUUGUUUUCUGUCAUCGGGAUCCUGGCGGAGCAGUUUGUUCCAGAUGGGCCCCACCUCCACCUGUACAAUGAAGACCACUGGAUCAAGCUAAUGAACUGGCAGCACAGCACCAUGUAUCUGUUCUUUGCAGUCUCAGGAGUCACUGAUAUGCUCACCUAUCUCAGUGCCCACACUCCCCUGGGGGUGGACAGACUGGUUAUGGCUUUGGCAACAUUCACUGAAGGUUUUCUCUUCUACUACCAUGUUCAUAACCGACCACCACUGGACCAGCACAUCCACUCACUCCUGCUGUGCGCUGUGUUUGGAGGGGCUCUCGGUCUCUUCUUAGAGGCGAUCCUUCGGGACAACAUCGUGCUGGAACUUUUCCGAACCAGUCUCACUAUUCUUCAGGGCACCUGGUUCUGGCAGAUUGGGUUUGUGCUGUUCCCACCUUUUGGAAGACCCGAAUGGGACCAGAAAGAGGAUUCCAACAUCAUGUUCAUCACCAUGUGCUUCUGCUGGCACUACGUGGCUGCUCUCUGCAUUGUGGCCACCAACUACUCUCUUGUUUCCUGCCUUCUGACUCGGUUAAAGAGGCAGAGAGAAGGAGAAAUCAUUGGGAUUCAGAAGCUGAAGUCAGAUCACAGUUACCAGACAGCCCUCCUGAGCGGCUCAGAUGAGGAAUGAGAGGAGGCCCUCAGCCAUCAAUGGAGUGCGGACACAAUGGGGAGGGGUCCCUGU